CCCUGCUCCUUUAAGCGUCCACUGGCUGCCGAGCGGCCGCAGUCUCAGCUCUAGGCAUCUGGGGAGCCCGAGCGGCUUCGCCCAGGGAUCCGCGCGGGCGCCUGCGGUCUGGAUCCCAUCUCCUCUGUGCUAUCGCACCCUUGAAGUUUUGCAGCACCAGGAAAAGAGGACAAGGAAGAAGAGGGGAAGCGAAAGCAAAAUCUAAAACAUUUAUUUAAAGGAGAAAAGAAGCGGGGCGCAGAAAUGGCUGGGGCAAUUAUAGAAAACAUGAGCACCAAGAAGCUCUGCAUUGUUGGAGGGAUUCUGCUGGUUUUUCAGAUCGUUGCCUUUCUAGUGGGAGGCUUGAUCGCUCCAGCACCCACCACAGCAGUGCCCUACCUGUCAAUAAAAUGUGUGGAUGUCCGUAAGAAUCACCAUAAAACAAGAUGGCUGGUGCCUUGGGGACCCAACAAGUGUGAAAAGAUCAGAGACAUUGAAGAAGCAAUUCCAAGGGAAAUUGAAGCCAAUGACAUUGUGUUUUCUGUACACAUUCCCCUCCCUUCUAUGGAGAUGAGCCCAUGGUUCCAGUUUAUGCUGUUUAUCCUGCAGCUAGACAUUGCUUUCAAGCUGAACAACCAAAUCAGAGAAAAUGCAGAAGUUUCCAUGGAUGUUUCCCUGGGUUACCGUGAUGAUAUGUUUUCUGAAUGGACUGAAAUGGCCCAUGAAAGAGUACCACGUAAACUCAAAUGUAUUUUUACAUCUCCCAAGACUCUAGAGCACGAAGGUCGUCAUUAUGAAUGUGAUGUCCUUCCUUUCAUGGAAAUUGGGUCAGUGGCUCAUAAGUAUUAUCUUCUAAAUAUCCGGCUACCAGUGAAUGAGAAGAAGAAAAUCAAUGUUGGGAUUGGGGAGAUAAAGGAUAUUCGAUUGGUGGGAAUCCACCAAAAUGGAGGCUUUACUAAGGUGUGGUUUGCAAUGAAGACCUUCCUCACACCCAGUAUCUUCAUCAUUAUGGUGUGGUAUUGGAGGAGGAUCACCAUGAUGUCCCGACCCCCAGUGCUACUGGAAAAAGUCAUCUUUGCCCUUGGGAUUUCCAUGACCUUUAUCAAUAUCCCUGUGGAAUGGUUUUCCAUUGGGUUUGACUGGACCUGGAUGCUGCUAUUUGGUGACAUCCGGCAGGGCAUUUUCUAUGCAAUGCUUCUUUCUUUCUGGAUCAUCUUCUGUGGCGAGCACAUGAUGGAUCAGCAUGAGCGUAAUCGCAUUGCAGGAUACUGGAAGCAAGUUGGACCAAUUGCUGUUGGCUCUUUCUGCCUCUUCAUAUUUGACAUGUGUGAAAGAGGAGUGCAACUCACAAAUCCUUUCUACAGUAUCUGGACUACAGAUGUUGGAACAGAACUAGCUAUGGCUUUCAUCAUUGUAGCAGGGAUCUGCCUCUGCCUCUAUUUUCUGUUUCUGUGCUUCAUGGUAUUUCAGGUAUUUCGAAACAUCAGUGGGAAGCAAUCUAGUCUCCCAGCCAUGAGCAAAGUCCGGAGGCUGCAUUAUGAGGGUCUGAUUUUCAGGUUCAAGUUCCUGAUGCUUAUCACCUUGGCCUGUGCAGCCAUGACUGUUAUCUUCUUCAUUGUUAGUCAGGUGACAGAAGGCCAUUGGAAAUGGGGUGGUGUCACAGUUCAAGUGAACAGUGCUUUCUUCACUGGCAUCUAUGGAAUGUGGAACCUGUAUGUCUUUGCUUUGAUGUUCUUAUAUGCACCAUCCCAUAAGAACUAUGGGGAAGACCAGUCUAAUGGUGACCUGGGUGUCCACAGUGGGGAAGAACUGCAGCUCACCACCACAAUCACCCAUGUGGACGGACCAACUGAGAUCUACAAGUUGACCCGUAAAGAAGCACAGGAAUAAGAUGCUAUGGCACUGCACUGGGCUGCAAUUCUUUCUCUAUCCAGGCUCUUUCCUAGAGUGCGGAGCCUACUAUACAGAGUUUAGUGAAAAGUGAAUGCCUAGUGUUUCUUAGAUAUGAUUUCUUAGACCAGUGGAUGAACAUUUGUCAGAUAACCUCUGACAGUGGCUUUUGCAAGAUUCUGCCACUAUAUAUCAUGUAUGAUUACAAAAACUGGUAUGACACAUUUUUAAGAUUAUUGUUAGUAACAUAGCAACAUCUGUAGCAGGUGGGUUAGUAACCCUUACGUGGAUGGGUAUACUCUUUGGGAUGGUUUGGGCCAAUGGGGUCUAUAUUGCAUAGAUUAUGACUUGUUUGGUUUUCUUGUUUGUUUGUUUAUUUGUUUGUUUUGUUCCUAUUUUAGAUUCUGGAAUAUGUAUAAACAUUGUUUGCAGCCCACCAUUUGCUUAUGUCAUAGACCUUUCACCCCCUCCAUAGGCACUUUUUUUUCUUAUUUAUAACACCAAGUAGCCAACUGAGUUAUUAUUUAAGUUGUCAGUACAAAUCUGUUCAUUUUUUAGUGGUUUACUACAAAAUAACCAAAUUUCAUGAGAAAUUAUAUCCUGCGAGGGGGAUUUCAGCUUUGAAACCAAAUCUGUGUAUCCGAUACUAAUAUGUCUCUUAGAUGUGGAUUUUGAGAAAUAUUUGCUAAACUUCCCAAGUAGGAUUUCUGCUAUUAAAUGACCUCUGGGUUCUAAAAACUUUUUUUUUUUAUAUGUCUUGCUUAAAAUGUGUUUUCUUUUGAUAAGAUACUUCAAACAACUUCCAAAACUGUAAAUCCAACCAUUUGAAUAAAAUGAAUGUAAAUAUGCACUCCUUGCCACCCCAACCAUGCUCAGGCAUGGCGAUUGAAGUUUGCCUGAAUCAUGAAGUGGCUUGGUGCUGGCAGAAUCAGCCUGACUAUAUCUAUUCCUGGAUGUGAAGCAACACCUUCUGCAGCAGGCAUUAAGUCUUUCUAGGCCAACAAGGAAUAUGUGAGGUAUCUGAUGGUUUAGACAUUCAUGCACACAGAUCUCAUUCCCAUACCCCUUAACUUGUGACAUUGUUUUUGUUUGUACUUUUGUAAUGGUCAAAAAGCUAUAUGGCAUAGCAGAUAGAAUAUUGAAUCCUGAAUUUAGAAGGUAGUUUCCUAUUAAAGGCCUGUCAUGCACUA